AUGGUACGCAAUUUACUGAAACGUAUAUGGCAAAAAUUUCUCGAAUCGAAUCUAUUCAAAAAACAUUCAAGUAAUGAAUAUACUCUUGAAAAAGAACUUCUUUCUACUCGUAUUUAUUUGAUUGCAUUAAUUAUAUGUUUAUCUCUCAUUACCACUUUUGUUGCACUUAUCGUUCAACCUGUUGACAAAAUUGAAUAUAAACCUUCACACGAGAAAUUUUCACAAUUAACUCGUGAUUAUCCGGAUACUCUUCAUUGCCCAUGUUCAAAAUCUUCAACAAACUAUGAUAAAUUCGUCACUACUAAAGUUAAUUUUCAUCAAGUUUGUUCAAGUGAAUUUAUCCAACAGACAUGGAUUGAGCAAUUAUUUACAAAUAAAGAUAUUUCAAUCGAAUCUAUCGAUGAUGUUCGUAUUACUCUUAGUUUUUUCUGGCAAACAAUUGCUGGUUUAUGUAUCGCAAGUGGCAAAAGUUGGAAUGAUGUUCUUGCAAAUUUUGGAAGCACAAGUUUUAUCACUCCUACAGUAGUUGCUGAACAAGUUAUUCGAAUUCAGGCUGAAAACGCUCUUCGAAAUCAAAUAGAUCUAUCGAAAAAAAUAGCAACUCGUAAUUUACUUGCUCUUCAACGUAUAACACGUGAAAAUCAAGUUGUAUCAGCUUUACAAACAAAUUUCUAUUUACGUUAUCCACCAGCAGAUGUAAAUCCAUCGAAAUCUCCAAAAAUGACAGCUCGAACAUUUGGUACUUGUACUUGUUUAAAUAUUGAAGGUUGUCCACGAUCUGCUACAUUUAAUGAUAGUUAUGGUCAUUUAAUUAAUGUACCAGGAAUGAUAGUAGAUUGUUUAAUUGUUGAUGGUACACUUGCCUCAUCACUUGAAUGUUAUUAUGAUCAAUCAUGUAUUUCAAUUUUACAUGGACAAUUAUCGAUGACUAUUAAACCAUUAUCAAAAACAUCGAAUAAAUAUUUUUCUAUGUAUUCAACAGUACAAUUAAUCUUCAAUGAAUUAAUGAUAGAUGAAACAAUAACUGAAAUUCGAUUUGAUAAAUAUUUUUCAGAAUGUGACUGUCUUUUUUGCUCAUAUUCACAUACAAGACGUUUUGACAUUUUUCUUAUUUUCAUGGCUGUUACUGGCUCUAUUGUUAUAUUGCCAUUCAUCAUACGACACAUUUCAUCUUUUGUUGCAACAAAGAUUUUACGACGAAAAAAUCGAAUUUUACCAAUGGAAAAUGUAUCAACUAUAACGUCUAUGGAACAAAAUCGAGAGCAAAGUAUACAAAUUCGCAUUCGACUUUUAUUAAAUAAAUCAUGGCAAGCAAUAAUAUCUUUAAAUCUUUUUGAAAAACAAACACAUCGUACACCUACGAACAUUUAUCGAGAACAACUCCUAACAAGAUUUUUCAUUUUUUUCAUUGUUAUUUUAUCAAUUGUUGCUGGAGUAUACACCUUUGUUGUAGAGCAAAAUCAAGUGAUAACAAUUCCAUAUCCAUCUCUUGAUACUUAUGAAAAAUUAUAUAAUGAUUAUCCGACCACAUUACACUGUCCUUGUUCACAAAUAUCCAUUCCCAAUGAAGUUUUUCUUGAUGUAACAUUUGAAUUACACCAAGUUUGUUCAAGUGAUCUGGUUUCAUUAGAAUGGUUACAUUAUCUGAUAUCUUUUGAUCCGACUCACCUGCCGCUCGAUAUUAACUUCAAACAUACUGAAGAUUUUCGUAAAAUGGGUGUUUCUUAUUUUCAACUUUUAGCUGCUUUUUGUUCAUUAGCUAAAACAAACAUUGAAGAGGCACAGCAUGUAUUUAUGAAUACUGAAUUUAUUAAUGAUCGUGUUCCACCUAAUUCAAGUUUUCUUCAACAAACUGAAGCUAUGAUAACUUCAUUUAUUCGUACAACAAAAUAUGAUUUUGUACAAACAUUUAAUUGGAUGAAACUUAUUUUUCUUUAUAGUCCUCUUUACAAUGGACUGAAUACAAACGUUCUUAUAAAUAAAAGCAAUGAUGGUCAAGUGAUUGCUGAAUUUUGUGAAUAUCGUAUAAUAAUUUUCGCAUCAGACGGCUCUCCACAGUUUGUGCGCCACUGCACUUGUGGAUCAGAUCCUGAUUCCUGCUAUGCAAUCCCUGUAUUAUAUAUGAAUACAUCAUAUCUUGACAAUAUUUAUAGAGAUUUAUUAUUUAAAAUAUUAUAUCUUGGUUGUUCACCUUUAAGUGGGUUUCUCAUGUCAAGAACAGCAUGGUGGUACAAUAUUACAUAUAUGAAACAUAUUCAAGCAACUUAUUCCAUGGUUAUUCAUGCUCGACCUUCACCAAAUAUCAAACCUCUUAAUGCAUCUAUAUCGACUCGAUUUGGCGAUAUCAAUACGGAGGAUUUACUUCGUGAAAUGCUACUUGAAAAAACAACCAAAAAUGUAUAUUACGAUAGAUUUUAUAAAGCAUGUAAACCUAGUUUUUGCUCAUAUACCGUUGUUCAACGUCGCACUUAUAUCGUGAUAAUAUUUCUUCUUAUUUCGAUUUGCAGUGGUUUGAACCAAGGUCUUCGACUACUUGUUCCACUAAUUGGAUCAUCUUCAAUCGGUGUUCGUUCAAGAAACUUUUCACGUAAUAUUUAUGAUAAAAUUAAAAAUUUCAACAUCUACGAAACAGAAUCAACUGAUAACACUCGUAUUCGUCAACAAAAAAUAUAUACAAGAGUUUAUCUAUUUCUUUACAUAGUUUUACUCAGUACUGUACUCUUUUAUACAAUUCGGAUUGAACGUCGUAUUAGUAAAACACAUUUCUUACAUUCGUUUAAUGAAUAUGAACAAUUAUUAAGCCUCUAUUCAGAUGAUAUUAGUUGUCCAUGCACACAUACAUCAAUUCCUUAUGAAAAAUUUAUCACUGAAUUACAAGUCAAUUCAUUUCAUGAAGCAUGUGAUAUUAACCGAGUACGCAUGUUAUUGAGUAUUCGAAUAAUUAUAUUUGCAGGUUUAACAACAGAUACAGGUGGAUUCACGAGCUACGGUGAAGAUUACUUACUUUGGGGGAAAUCUUUCAUGGAAUCCUUGGAGCAACUUUGUUCUUUGGCAAAAGAUAAUGCUAACAAUAAUAUUGAUGUAUUUCUUAUCUCAACUUUGUUUACUAAUCAACUAAUGUCUCGCAGUCUAUUUAACACUGAAAUGGAUGAAAUACUAAAUCAAUUCGAAAAUAAAACAAAAGCUACAUUCGCGCAUAUGUUAGACUUUAUUCGUUCGACUAUCCAAGGAAAUGCUUUACUAUAUAUAUCUUCAGACGCUUGGAGAUUAGUUGCAGUUGAAACAGAUGAUAAAAGCGAUACUAAUUUCCUCACUGUGCCUAUUACGCUUCGCAAUACACAAGAGAAUACAAGUUGUUCAUGUGCUACUUUACGAACAUGUCGAAAACCACGACAAGUAAAUAUAGGUAGUGGUUUGAUUACUAUUGAUGGUUUAGUCGUUGGUUGUCAUCAACUUGAAACACUACUUUUCUCAUCUUUAACUUGUUUCUAUUUGGUCGACUGCAUUAACAUCCUUCGAAAAUCUUUUUACACAACAUCGGUAAUGUCGAAUCAAUCUAUCGGAUUGAAUGCGCAAAGAACACGAUUCUCUGUGGCUGACACUGUUGAAAAACUAGCAUAUGAAAUGUUUAUCGAAUCAUGGUCUCGUAAAAUAUCCUAUGAAAGAUAUUUUGAUAGUUGCUCUCCAAGUUAUUGUACUUAUACAUAUUAUCAAAAAUCUGAUGCAUUAGAAAUAUUAACAAUAUUUUUGGGUGUAUAUGGUAGUUUACCAAUUGUCAUUUACUUUAUCGUACCUUAUCUUGUUAAAUUAAUUAAAAAAAUUUUAAUUUGCUUUUAA